AUGUCGAUGGCUGCUUUCAUGCUCACUGGCAGCCACAGAUCGAGUCUUAAGACAGCUCUCCAUCGUUCACAGCAAGCGCCCGCCAUCUUCGGCCAACGACCUGCGGGAAGGCUACCUGGAGGUGGUCGACCUGCGUUUCUAGAUCAGGAAACUCCGAACGAAUUUGAUUCUCUCGAAAAAUUGUUCUUCUCAUGCAUUCAAUCUGCUGACGACAAAUGUGCUUUGUCAUGCCUCGAACGCUUAGGGCGUCGCUUUGGAUCUCCCAAUGAGAGAGUGGCCGCACUACGAAGCCUAUAUGAUGAGGCUGUUGCAGAGGGUCAAUCUGGCCUAGAGCAAUGCCUCCGGAACUAUGACGAUAUCCUCUCUCAAACCCCCGUGAAUUUGCCAAUUUUGAAGCGCCGGGUUGCACUGCUUCGCUCGCUGUCUCGAUAUACAGAUGCUAUCUCUAGCCUAGUACAGCUGCUUGAAGCCACACCAACAGACGCCGAGGCCUGGUGUGAGCUUGCAGAAUUGUACCAGUCACAAGGGAUGGGCCUGCAGGCAAUAUUUAGCCUUGAAGAGGCGUUAUUGAUUGUGCCCCAUGCCUGGAAUGUGUGUCCUCUAGCAGCCGACCGUCAGAAAAGAUUGUUGACCUCUGAUCAGGUACACGCUCGCUUGGGCGAGGUUCUUUAUGUCUACGCCAAUUCAUUGGGGAAUGAUGGCGUACACAAGCCAUUACAGUCUUCUAUUCAACAUUUCUGCAGGAGUGUUGAGCUCUGUAAUGAUUACUUAAGGGGGUUUUAUGGCUUAGCCUUGGCCACUUCGCAUACAUCAGUUGAAGGUGCCUCAAAAACAACUUAUGGAUACGAUUCGCUUGAGCAGCAAUCAUUCAAGCGCCUGCAUGCUUUAGCAAUGGGAAAACUUGCGCACAUCCUUACAACACAGUGUUCGCUUGAGCUCCAUCGUCGUGACUAUGAGGAGAAUGAGCUUGCGGCCGUGAAAGAGUUGCUUAAUGGCUCCCCCGACCCACGUCUAUAG